CCCNCAAAAAACCCUACUAGCAGCCGCCUCCCCUAACGCCAUUUCCUCUGAAGAACCGGAUCCCCUCGCUCAAAAAACCAUGGGAGCCGCCACCUUCACACACACAAUUCCUCACUUUCUUCUCAUUUUCUCAUACCAAAAUCUAGAUUCAAUCUCUGAUUUUCAGAUUUGAAAACAAAAACAAAGAACCCCCAAAACAAGAAGAAAAACUAAAACUAAAAUAAAAUAAAAACAGAAUCUAAAGCUGGUUUCGGAUUUCAUUCAAUUGCUGCACGUUUUCUGGGAUUUCUCUAAGUGGUUUGAGCUGUUGAAGUUGUUGAAUUUGUUGGAUCUGCUUGUUUCUGGAGUUUCUGAACUUCAUCCUCUACUUUCAAACCAUCGUUUAGUCAUUUUGGUUAUUUUCUUGCAAGCUAGUUUCAGACUUCAGUUUUAUCGUGACUCCCUAUCCUCGUCGUCAUUGACUAGUCGUCUAGCGGUCCCAGCCGUGUCUCUUUCUAAUCACUCGUCCAGAUAUUGUGUCGUAGUGCAAAAGGAUGCAGUCUCUGAAAGACAUUGUACCGGCUGCAUUGAACAAUAUAAACACAAAAUUCAUUGUCUUGGAAAAAGGGAGGAUAGCUUUGGAAGGGCAACAAAAGAUGUGUUUGGCACUGGUGGCGGAUGAGACAGCUGCAGUUCACUUUCAGAUGUGGGGUGAUGAGUGUUAUGCUUUUGAGCCUGGGGACAUUAUCCGGUUAGAAAAUGGCAUCUUCUCUUAUAACCGCAACAACCUACUGAUAAGGGCAGGUAAGCGAGGCAAGGCUGAAAAGGUGGGAGAGUUUACCAUGGCCUACGUGGAGACACCAAACAUGAGUGAGAUACGUUGGGCCCCUGAUCCCAGCAACUCUAAAAUAUAUGUGCCAGAGGCUGUUAUUUCUCCCUUUUCACGAGUGUUUCCACCAAUGAGUUGAGUAUCGGGCAAUCUUCUUUCUAACAGUGCAGGUACAUUAGAAUUCCAACCAUUCAAUGAAUUACCUAGUGCUUGAAAGACACUGAUUAAUCAAGACAAGAGUCAAAUACCUAAUCUAAGGAUUAGGGUCGCAAGAAACAGAAAUACUUUCCAUGAUUGACAAUAUUAAACUGGGGCCUAACAUGAUUAAGGACAGUUUUUACCUCAGCUAUCAAAUCAUUGACCUGCUACACAUCCCCACACAUCAACAUUUGGCUCUGAGGCUCACAAGCUGCAACAGAUUGGAAGUUUGGACAAACAGUUGACUCCUUGGCAGUUGUUUUCUGUAUUCUGCUAUACAUAUUCAAGGGAUGGUGGUCACAUGAUUUUUCUUUUUUCUUCUAUAAAACACUUGGGCUGCUGGUGGUCAACUGCUCGAGGAAGAUGGUUAGUUCUACAGCUGCAAGGAAUGUUUGCAGCACGGGUUAUCAUUUUGCAGUUGAUACAUCAGUAAACAGGAUGAUACUGUCCAGCUUUGACACGAGGAGUACAUCAGGCAAUUCUUGGUUGGUUGUGAAUGCUUCUGCACAAAACAAAUGCUAUGGAUUUUGGCUAAUAAAUCUUCUUGGCUGCUGUGGCUACAUCACCCAAUUGACAACAAGACAGCAGCCACAACAUUCAUCCAAUAAUCAAAUCCCAAGAUUAGCCACUCCUUUCAGAAAAACCAAGAAGCUAAAAUCAGAAUUUUUAAUCAUAACAUGUUUGCUAAUGUCUGCACGUUCUAUAGAUAGGUUAAUGCAUCUGCUUGCAAUGGAUCCAUUGGACAUCUUGCUACACAAUAGGGAUUUCUCAGAAAAGAUACAUAGUGCAGCUGUGAUUCUCACCUUCAUCAUCAACACAGGAUAUUUCCGCCGAAAAAUCAUGAAGCACACGAGCAGCAGUUGUUUGACAAACAGAAUUUUAAAAAUGGGAAUCUAUCAUAAUUGGUUCGAAUGGCAGCAUACACUGGCAAUAACAGAACUGGAGAUCAACUGGAGAGCAUUCAAAAUUGGUUCGAUCAGGAAUUUCUGGAAUCCUUCAGCUAGUAAUACAGCAGUAACUGGAAAGAUACUAUACAGCAGUUCAAUCAGGAAUGCACCAGGCCUUUAUUGGUUUACUACAGCUGAUCGUGCACAAAAUCAUCCCAAUGUAUCUUGUCAACUGAUACUUCAAUGCUACUGUGAUUACAUCAUCUUCAUGACCAUCAACAUGACAACCAAAUCAUACAAUAAAAGCUGCAUUACUGAUCCUGUGGUUUGGAAGAUACUACAUAGCUUCUCAGUGGUAUUAGCAUGGUAUCAUGUUCAUUCUGGGGGUGGUUUGAUGACAUACAACGAUGACAUACCAACAAGGCUGAACCCACAGCAUUCCAUCGACAAUCAACAACCAAUAUUACUCACUGCUACCAGAACACAAAAGAACCUGGUAGCAGAAUUUGUCCUACUAACUUGUUUGCUACUUUUUGCAGGUGGCAGAUAGCUUCAGUUGGUUACUGCUUCUGCAUGGAAUGGAUACAAUUGACAUUGUGCUACAAGUUAUUUUUUCUCCAGCAAGAAUACAUAAGUAUUUGCAAUUGAGCAUCUCCCAAUACCAGUGGCGAAGCCAGGAAAUUCAACAAGGGUGUUCAAACCUUUGCAUUUGGGCUAUACAAAAUUUCCUUAGAAAUAUCAGGCUGGAAUCGAGCAGGAGCUGUUGGAGAACAGAGAAUUCCCAGCAACAUGGAACAAUACAGUUAAAGCACAACACAUUUGGUUUUGGAGUUGUUGAAUGUCUGUCUCUGGUUGUGUCAAUUCACAGUUGGUAUAAAUAUAAUAACAUGCACAUUGUGGGGGCUGAUAUAUAAAUUACAACAUCAAUACUUCAACAUGGUUUCAGUACAAAUCGAUAAGUACUCAUUGAGGCUGCAACUGCAUGUAUGCUUCUGCGACUACUUCAACAGAGCAAUAUUACACAGGAAGAACAAGUACUACUGUUUCUGCCCAACACCUCUCAACUGCUUAAGGAAGCUCAUUGGUCAGAGGCACUUAAAUAUGGGUUGUUGGUAGAAUGUACCACUGAAAAAAGGAUCUACAGCAACGAAAUCUCAAACACAUGAGUCCUGUAUCAACAAUACUGCUGGAAGUAUUCAGCCACAAACUGAAGAUGUCCGAAAUGCUUUGCUUUGCAAAUAGUGUAUUUAUACAUAUAUACUCCUUUGUAUUGCAACAAAUGGCGUCUGGUGAGAGCUUUGAAGGCGCUACAACAAAUUGUUUGCAAUUGGUGUGCUAAUUCAUUGGCGUUGUCAACAUUUGGAUAUUUCAAAUUACUACCUUUGUAUUUUAAUUUA